AGGAUCUGCUGGGUGCAAGGUGGUGCACAAUACGCCAUGCGCCAUGUCAAAACUGCGGCAUUACAGGUCCAUGGAUCAGCCCAGUACCAAUGUGGUCAUACGCAAAAAGACUAUGACAGCAAUAUGCUUUGUCUGCAACCUGCCCAUUAUGUCACACCAGGUAGGCCUGGUGUGGCAAGGUGGCAAUGGCUGGGACGAUUUGGUGCGCGAACAGUUGGAGGAGUCGACCAUACGACAGCGACUCGGCGGACGACGCGAUUCUUCAGCACAGAUUACAACGCCGCCAAGUACCUCACCACCGCCGGGGCUACAGCGUCGUCGGCGGAGCUCGCUGGCCCAGCUAACUGACAUUUUGCGCGAAUGGAGCGGCGGCGGUGGAGCCAAGCAACAGCAGCAGCAAUCCCAGCAAGCCGCUCGCAACAAGGCCCAGCUGAAUCGACGCGAAACCCUUGCCGAUUUGGCACGCAGUUUGCCGUGGCGGACCUCAACCACAGAUGCCAGCACUGGAGCGGGUACGGGCAGCGGCAACAAUACCACCUACAUAGCACCACGGAAACGUCGGGAGUCCAGUGCAGACUCGGGCAUACGAAGUAUGCGUUCACGACGCGACUCCAAUACGGCGGAAUUUGUGAGGCAUUGGAAUCGACGGGAGAGCACCACAGUUGAAGAGCAGUCGGGCAGUGUAGCGGUAAAUGUGGUAGUCGAAUGCAGUAAAAGUGCAUCGCGACGUGGCUCUGGGGAGAGCUACUUGUCGAGCAGUCGGCGUGACAGUAAUGUUGCCGGCCGUGUGACGACCCCGCCACCACCAUCCAAGUACCAAGUGACCAAAAAGCGUGAUUCGCUUGCCGCCCCGGAGUUCCCCAAUUUCCGACAGGAGCAGCGUCCCUCAACCAGUUCUGCUGGCUCCUGCUCCGAUCACUCCAUGCCACUAAUCUCAACCAGCACUUACCAUCACCAGCAGGUGGACUCGGCCUGUCAGGCCCUGCCGCCGCCGACGAUCAUCACUAGCUCGGUAACGCCGCCAGCCACCAGUCCGACAGCGCCCAAGGGUCGACGAGACUCGACGACGCAGUGCGGUCGCGUCAAUAGGCGUGACUCCAAGGCCGGGAUCAGUCCGGAGCGAGCGCCGCGCUUGCAAAGGCUUCAACGCCAGGCCACAGCAUUCGAUGAGAGCUGCCUUCCAGGCGGCAGUCGUCGCGGUUCCCAGCCAGCUCUCAGUCCAGAUCCACCAGAAGACUGUGAGCGACGGACCUCAAGACGCGAUUCGCUAUCACCUGACAGCGCCUCUAGGGGCGGGCGUCGCGACUCACGCACCCACCUGUCACCAGAUCGAUCUCACGAGCGUGAUGGUAGUCCGCGAAGGCAUACAUUACGUCGUCAGAGCAGCUCUGCGGCUCGAUCGCCUCGCUCACCUGACUCAAACAGCUGCUCGUCCUCGCGUGAUCCCAGUCCCUGCUCUCGUCAACCUCCUAUGCCAGCAGUCGAGCAGAAUCAACGACCUGCCAUACGCCGUCAGUCUACCACCGAAGAGAUUCUAAUUGCCCGGGGCUUUCGACGUCAGUCAACCACCGAGGAGAUGAUUCGGUGUCGAAACUUUCGUCGUCAAAGCUCACAAAGCGACGAUGUCUGCCGGUAUCGUGGACGCCGAGAUUCCUCAGCGCAGAUUAUUGAUGGCACCAUUGGCACCAUGACAGUGGAGACAACCAGCACGUUUUUCGAUUCCAGCACACAGACGGAACCAUCGCCCCUCUAUGAUAAUAAUCAUUAUCAUGAGGAAUGUCUGCGCUGCAAUUCCUGUGGAUUGAAUUUGACAGGGCCCAAUCAGAAGCGUGCCAGAAGGUUCAAGAACCAAAUUCUGUGCGACCUGCAUUUCGCCGACGUGGCCCUAAUGGAGUGCUCCGAUUUCAUGCAACAGCUGCGGAGCUUCAAGCCACAAUCGCUGGGCUGUGCGGUCGCCAGGCGCAAGAGCUCAACGACGUUAAUAUUUCCACUGCCGCCGCAAGCAUGUUCAGAUGAAUUCUGCGAGGAAUAUCCACACAAUUUAAUGCCCACACCGGGCUAUUGGAUUGAAUGUUCGCGUCAGAAAAUAACAAUGCCAACUCCGCACACAAUUUGGGAUGAAAGCGAUUCCGAGCACGAGGAUAUACGGGCAGGCAGUGCCAGUGACGCAUAUUUGGAGCGUGAAUGUAGUGAUCUGUAUGAAGAUGAUGAGGAUUCGGAAGCCACACCAAGUCCGCGUAAGAAGACAACCAUUGAGGAGCAAUGGGAUCAACAAGGCGCCUUCGAACUCAUCUCUGUGGAGCAGGAGACAUAUGAGAAAUAUUUCUAUGGCACCGAGCAUUGGAAUUAUUUCACAAGUGAUGAGGAUCUGGGUCCAGUUAUAUUAUCCAUUAAACAGGAGACGCUCAAUGGGCGCGAUCAGUUUCGUAUAUUAGUGCGAGCUGGUUCUUAUACAGUUCAUGGACUGAUACCGGCGUCCUGUGUUUUUGCCGAUAGAUAUAAUCGCGAGGAGGUAGUUAGAUCUUUAGGUAAAGAAGUUAAUUUAAAUCCACCAUUAACAUUAGGACAAUUACCCGAUACGCCAGAGGAGUUAUUAAAAUUAGAUCAGGUUUUUAUAAAAUCAGAAUUAAAAGUUGGCGUCAUAUUUGUCAAAGAGGAUCAAUACACUGAAGAGCAAAUUUUGGACAAUAAUGAAAAUUCACCACUCUUCGAUGAGUUCCUCACCCUGCUGGGCGAUCGUGUCCGCCUGCGUGGCUUUGAUAAAUACAAAGGUGGCCUUGAUACGGUGCAUGACCUUACAGGUCUCUUCUCCGUUUAUACAAAUUGGCGUAAUAUUGAGAUAAUGUUCCAUGUAUCCACAUUGCUGCCAUACGAGAAGCACGAUCCACAGAAAUUGCAAAGAAAACGUCACAUUGGCAAUGAUAUUGUCUGUGUUGUCUUUCUUGAAGCCGAUAAUACACGUUUUAGUCCCGCCUGCAUCAAAAGCCAUUUUCUGCACACUUUCAUAUUGGUACGCGUCUCGGCACGCAUUAAGCACAAGCCCACGCGCUAUGAAGUCUCUGUGGUGACACGCGAUGAAGUUGGCGCCUAUAAACCAUAUCUGUGGGAGCAAUCCGUCUUUGAGAAGGGUCCCAUGUUUCGCGAAUGGUUAUUGACAAAAAUUGUGAAUGGUGAACGAGCCUCGUAUUCGGCACCAAAAUUUGCACGCAUGCAGGAACGUACACGAUCACAAAUGCUGGAGGAUUUGGUGAUGAAUCUAUCGAAUCAUGCGGAGACUGGUCAAAUACCGAAACCAUAUAGACGUGGCUCCUGGCGACCGAUUGGCCAUAUGCGACCAUCAUCACCGCUGUUGGACUCGGUGCGAGAUCAAUUCGAGGACUAUGAUCAGUUGGCGAAAGACUUUACCCGUGUAUUUUUAAACGACGAACCAUCGUGCCUGACAAAUGCCCAUCUCUUUGAUGUUGUUUUCCUGGUGGGUCAGUCCAAGCAGAAGGCACGUUUUAUUGGUGUACGCGCCAUCUUGGGCGUACGAAGUCGUGUCUUUCAGGAAAUGUUGUAUGGCAUUCAAACUGGUUUCGGUUCACCGCAAAUACCAGUUGCCGAGAUUUUUGCUCGACCCGCACCAUCACUUGUCUCGCCACAGAAUCAAAAGCCGAAAAGUAACAAUUAUUUAACCGUACCCGACUCGGAUUCAAUACGGCCAAAGAGUGUGCCAUCAUCGCCGAUGGUUAAGCGUGCCUUCUCCCGUUUGGGUACCAUCACAGCUGGCUGGGGACGAUCCAUACGCAAUAAGAAUACGAAUCAAUUGAAUCCAGAUGAUAAAAAGAAAUGGAUAUCGUCCACAGAUUGUUCGAACCGAGAUAGCAAGGACAAGGACAAGGAUAAACCAGGAAAUAACCAAUUGGCCGUACCCCGCCUCUCAGUGUGCGCCGAUGCCCAAAAGGUGGAUCGUGCCAAAUUGGCUCAAACGGAAUUCAAUAUCAUUGAAUUUGAUCCGGAUACAUUUCGUGUGCUGCUCGAUUAUCUGCAUACUGGCACUUGUCCACUUACCUGUGUCUCCAUACCAGGAUUACUCUGUGCCGCCGAACAUUACGAUCUGCCGGAGCUGCUGCAGGCGUGUUUUCAUCAUUGCAAGCAAUUUCUACGCAUCGAGGUCGUUUGCCCGAUGCUUAUCUCGCUGGAGAACUACUACUGGCGUUACACAUCCGCAUCCGAGCUGGUCAACAUGAUACUCUCGUUCGUGGAAAGCAAGGCUCAUGCUCUAUUCAAGUGCCCCGAAUUUCUGAAUCUGUCCGAGUCCAUGGUCCAGAUGAUCAUGUGCCGUGAGCUGCAGACGCCCGAAAUACGAAAAUUUGAGGCAAUGCUCGCCUGGGCACAGCACAAGGUGGCCAAAUUGAAGAACCAUCCGAAUAAGGAUACACAAUUCGAAUUUGAAUGCAUUAUGGAGCGUUUAACGCGUGAUCUAAAUUUGUGCCGCAUCUCACCCAGUGAGCUGCUAACUGUGGUUCUGCCAUCCAAAUCCAUGAAAAACGAACGCAUCAUGGAGACGCUCAUGGUGCAGGUGAAUUUGGGUACAUAUCGUAUGCCCGAGCUGGAUGCGUAUCGUCAGCAGUUGCGACAGCAAGAGUCCGCCGAGGCUACUGUGCAGGUCCAUCGGGGUGGAUGAGACAGUAAGAAUGUGAGUUUCGAUUUGGAUCAGCUGCAGGCCGCCACCGACAUUGCCCAUCAAUUGGAUACA